AUGGUGUCCCAAUGUCUCAACCCCCAUCUCCGUCCUCAUCCCCACCAUGCCCUGACCUCUGCAAUCUUCUCGAACCCAAAACCCAACCCCUUCUUCACCCCCUUUCUCUUUCCAACCACCAAAUUAACUGCCACCCAUUUUCCUUAUCACCCUUCUCUUCACAAAAAAUGUCCCUCUCUCUCAUCCAUGGCCUCAAGUCAACCCCAAAUUAGUCCCCAAUUUGAUGGUUUUGAACCUGAUCCCACCCUAACCAAUGAAGAUCUCCGGCCGACAACGCCCGAUCAACGGACUUUUUCCGGCUGGGAAAUGGCUAGUCUAUGGGUGGGACUUGUGGUGGGUGUGCCUACGUACUACUUGGCUGGUAGUCUUGUUGACCUUGGCAUGGCUUGGUGGCAAGGAAUUGCCACUGUUGUUGCAGCCAACAUAAUUCUAUUAGUUCCUCUGGUCCUAACCGGUCACCCCGGGGUGCGUUACGGCAUCUCUUUCCCAGUUCUUGCUAGAUCAUCUUUUGGUAUUCGUGGUGCUCAUAUUCCAACUCUCCUUAGAGCUUUAGUUGGUUGUGGUUGGUAUGGGAUUGAGACUUGGAUUGGUGGUGAGGCAAUUUUCCUUCUUUUGCCAAAAAUCAUCAAAGAAUCAACCUUGUCACAACCCCUAUCUUGGGUUGGUACUUCCCCUCUUGAAUUUGCUUGUUUCAUUGUCUUUUGGCUAGCUCAAUUGACAAUAGUUUGGAAGGGAAUUGAUGGUAUAAGAGAGCUUGAAAAGUACUCUGCUCCAAUUCUUAUUGUACUCACAUCUUGCCUCCUCAUUUGGUCCUAUGUCAAGGCUGGUGGCUUUGGUCACAUGCUCUCCUUAUCUUCUAGGCUCUCCUCUUCAGAAUUUUGGUCACUCUUCUUCCCUUCCCUCACCGCGAAUAUAAGUUUUUGGGCAACUGUUGCAUUGAAUAUACCCGAUUUCACCCGAUAUGCCAAGAGCCAAACUGAUCAAAUUAUUGGUCAGGUUGGCCUUCCAAUCUUCAUGGGUGCAUUUACAUUUGUUGGACUUGCAGUAACCUCAUCAACCAGUGUAAUUUUCGGGCGUGUUAUAUCGAAUCCAGUUCAACUUCUUGGGGAAAUUGGAGGACUCUCAACCAUGAUCCUUUCCAUUCUAGGUAUCAGCCUUGCCACACUCACAACCAACAUUGCUGCCAAUGUGGUGGCACCUGCCAAUGCACUAGUCAAUCUUAGCCCUUCGAAGUUCACUUUUCGAAGAGGGGCACUUCUAACAGCACUGCUUGGGAUUGCUUUUCAGCCAUGGAGGCUUCUUCAAUCAAGUGAGAGUUUUGUUUACACAUGGCUGGUUGGCUACUCUGCACUAUUGGGUCCAAUUGGAGGCAUAAUCUUAGCAGAUUACUAUCUUAUUCAGCAGGCAAAUCUUAAUGUCAAGGACUUGUACUCAUUGAGUCCUCAUGGGGCUUAUUAUUAUUCGGGUGGAUUCAAUUUGGCGGCGAUGAUGGCUUUGGUUGUCGGGAUUUUGCCAGUGAUUCCUGGUUUGUUGCAGAAGGUUGGAAUUCUAAGUUCAGUUCCAGAUUCAUUGUUGCUCAUUUACAACAAUGCUUGGUUCUUUAGCUUCUUUUCUGCUGGAAUCCUUUACUGGAUUCUUUCAUGUUUGAAAGGAAAGCAAUUGAGUUCUCAACCUGUAGAUCCCCUUUUACCCAAUACAUCUUAA